AUGGCCCUGAGCGCCGGGCAUGCCCGCAACAUGCCAGAGAUGCCUUCCGCGCGCACACCACUUAGUGCAUGCGCUGCUUGUGGUGCGCCCCUGUGCAAGAAGAGCUUUUUGGAAGCCACUGUGUAUACAUUGUCUGGACCGCAGACAGUAGAGCAUGUGGCUUUCAGGCGCGCUAGCAAAAGUUGCCGCUCCAUCCAUUACCAUAACUACCAUAGGUGCGAGGGCAAGAAGGUGAACUCAUUGGCAGUGGAGGCGUCUGACUACAUCUUUGUUUCUGCAACCACCGGCUUCUGCGCUUCUUUUCUGCGCUACCACGAUGCGUUGCAGUUCCGUGGGUACGUCAGUUCUAAAGCCAUUGCGCGGGUGCAGUUGACUGGUCUUUGGCCUGAUGAUCACUCACAUGCACGCUUCAACCAAGAUUAUGGCCAAGCACGCUUGCUCUCCAAUGUCAUCACGGAGUUUAAGGACAUGUGGAAGCUUCAUUCCUGGAAGGACAAAGAACGUCUCCUGCGAAGCAUUGAGAUCGACAACCCCUUGCUGCUUGUGCACCUGUCUGAAUACCAUGUUUGGUGGCAGCGAAUUGCAACUCCCAAGUCUCUGUCCUCCAGUGUCCGUGAAUUUGCCAGGGACGGUCAUGAAAAGAUUGCUAAACAGCCUGCGCCGAUAACCCUCCUAUACAUGGAGGGCAUCCUCGCUCAGAUGGGGCCGUGA